AUGGAGUACGUUAUUGAGGGCAUUGAUGAAGUACAUGUUUACAUAGAUGAUAUUGUAUUAAUGGGGAUCAAUACUAGUGCGGCACAAGGAAAGGAUAUACCAGAGAGUGCUGCAGAGCAUACAAAAUCCCAAAUUGAGAUCAUUCAGGUGUUUGAAUAUGUCGCUCAGAAAGCAGGCAUCGGCCAUGAAGUUGUCGUCCACAUUUUGAUCUUAAUCACAGGACUUGACUUACAGAAAGUUUUUAGGCCUGUUAAGAUGGAGAUGAAGCAUCCUUCAUACCAUCUGAUGACAGAUGAACAGCUUUUCGAGGUACAGAUACAAAAAGAGCAGAAGAAGCCGACAGGACAGAUGUUACAGAUAGUUCCAGUUCUGCCAGAACGCAAACCUGUUUGUGAUAUUUUGGCAGUAGGCAAAGUCUUGGAUGGGCUUGAAAAAAGCAAAUAUGUAUUCACAGAUAUCACCUUUAAUGUUCCUCAUAGGGAACGUUUCAUUGUGACUAGGGAGCCUGAUGGCACCUUGUGCAAAGCCACAUGUGUAGAGAGGGAUUGGAUGGUGCAAAUUUACUUCCCUUAUAAAGGCAGGCAACUGACCGCCCCAGCAGUUUUCGAAGAGGCAAUCAGGUACCUGCAAACUUGA